CCCAUUAUUAGACAGGCUAUAGCACCUGACUCCCGCAUGCGCAUUACAGCACACGUCAAUUCGAAACCAAGAGAGGGAAAACAAACUCCUGCAGCCGUUACCAAGUCGCCAUGCCUGUCCGUGUGCUGUCGGACGGAGCGAGGCCAGGUGCUCAGGUACCAGCACACCUAACCAGGGUUCCCAUCUCAGCCAUCAGCAUCAACACCAAAUACUCCAACAAAACAGUCGAGGGGAAGGUGGUUCGCAAAGGGCCUCUGGUGUUUUUACCAGCUGGCAACUUCAUCCUGAAGGCUGUCAUCCAAGAAGACGAUUCUCCAGCGAACGCCUCGUCUCACACACUGUCCAUCAACAUUGUCCUGUUGGGAGCACUGGCCAAGGACUUCAGUCAAGCCGUCAAUCAAGGGGAUGUGGUGGUGGCCUCAGGCUUCACUGUGGGCAAAUCUCCCACGUUUAAUAAGGACAAGCUGCACCCCUGUAACCUGCAGCUGUCAGAAGACGCCUGUGUUUAUGUGUUCCGCCUGCCGCUGCCUCCGGAUCCCAAAUCCCUGUUGGCCACCAAGAGGAGCACCACGCUCUCCACUGAGGUUUUUAGGAGGCCCAAGACUCCGAAAUAUACAUAUGUGCAACUGGGCAACCUGAAGGCUAGGUCUGUAGUCAACGUGUACGGAGUGGUGGUCUUCUUCAAGCAGCCGUUCAGGAGCCGAGGAACAGACUGCUGCUCCACCCUGAAGAUUACUGACCAGUCCAACCAGAAGAUCAGCUGCAGCAUCUUCUGUGACAAACUGGAGGAUCACCCCAAAAUCUUUCAGAUUGGAGACAUCAUCCGCAUGCACAGAGUCAAGACCACGCUCUUCAACGACUCCAUCACGCUGGUCAACACCUUCGGUUUCUCUGCGCUGACGUUUGACGGGACAGUAGGCAGACCCGUGGAGCCGCGGACUUCAAGUCGCUCCUUCCACUUUGACCAGGACGACCGGCGGAUCGUGGAGGAGCUGAGAUCUUGGGCGGCAAGCCAGACUGUCCUUCCUGCAGUUACCACGACCCCUCUAUCUGCUGUUCAGCCCAAAUCUUACUUCGACCUGAACUGCCAGCUGCUUGCCAAAGCUCCCAUCGACACUACCUGCACCCUGCUGAGGGUAUGGGAUGGGACCAGGUGUCCUCACACCCUGCUGAAGGUGAUAGUUGAGCCAAAUGUCACAGAGGGACCAUCCUCCUUCUCCAAGAAGAAAGAGAGCCUCAUUGCCAAUGUUCUCGUUUACGACAACCACGUGGAGUUUGCCAGGAAGCUAAAGCCCAGUGACUUCCUGAGGAUCUACAACCUGCGAGCGAUCCCAGGAUCCAGUAAGGUGCCCGGUCUCACCAGCAGCCAGUCAGUGGAAGUGGAUCAUCUGGCUUUUCACCUGCAUGGAGGGACAGCAUAUGGCAGAGGGAUCCGGAUUCUUCCAGAGAACAGCCCCGAUGUGCAGGAGCUAGAGAGAGUCUUUGAGGGCUUCACAGAGGAUGACGACGACGAACUGAGUGACUCAGACUUGCUGGAUGUCUGGAGCACUCCACCAGAGUCUCCAGGUGGUGAAACGGUGCAGUGCGGUACAGAGAGAUGCUGCAGUCACGACAUACAACCUGUGACACUGUCCAAAGUGAAGCAGUCCGAUCCAGGUCGAGUUCACCAUGUCAGAGUCCAGCUGAGCUCCUAUGAACCCCACAUGCUCCACCAGGCUCUGAAACUGUACUGCAGCAAGUGCACAUCUCUGCAGGACAUCCCUGAUGAUGAGCUGGUGGCAGGUCUGUUCUCUGAGGCGUCCCGAGACUCUGGGGCCUGCACUCCCCCGCCGUGGGCGCUCUCUGGGCAGGUCGAUGUCCCCGGAGUCUCCCUGGGAUCCUCAAACCGAACUCUGCACAUUCACCUGUCUGCCCAGCUGAUGUCUGAGGGCAAAACCAAGGAGCUCAUCUUCCUCAGGGGUUCCACUUUGGAGGAAACGUGUCGACUAGCGGCCAGCUACCAGAACAUCGUCCCUGUGAGGUCGUCAGAAGGUCGCCUGGCUCCACUCGACCUGUCAGUGCCGUUCCUGUUCAGGGGCAGGAAGAGAUACUAUGGGUGCAAGCGGUGCUCUGAGGCUGUGCUGAGGGAGCCGACUGCUGAAGGAGUCCAGGUGAUCGAUGAGAAGAUCAUUGCAGAAGCUCUCGGUGUUCAGCUGCUGAAGUUCGUGCUGCUGAUGAAACUCGAGCUGCAGGAUGCCACCGACACGCUGGCCGUGUUCCUGUGGAGGGAUGCCGAGUUAUUUUUUAACGUGUCAGCGGAGGAUGUAGCAGCCAAUCAGGAGGCCCAGAACAGCGUCCGUCAAACAGUGGAGACCCUGUGUCCACCAGGGGGCAGUACAGGUGGGCGCCCUUGGCUCGACUUGUGUCUGACAACCUACAGAGGCGAAGACGACGGGGUCCAGAACCAAACCUGUCACCAGAUCUGCCACACCACCAUCACCAAACUGUCGUGUGCCCAAUCUGAGCCCGAGCCCACCUGAACCAUCUGCGGGUCCCGGGUCUGUUUCUUUCAAAACUGUUCCUGUUUUUGUCUUGGUUUCUUUUAUUGCUAUUUAUUGUGAAAUACAAAAUAAAUGUAGGUGAAAUGCCUGAAAUGUUAGUGUAUGUUUAAAACUUCUGUUUCCUGUACCAUUUAAUGACUCUUUCAAAAUAA